AAAAUGAAAUGCUGGCUGCUGGGGAGGGUCAUGCUAGUUCAGUUGAAGUAAAAUACUUAGAUGAUGAUUAUGAUGACAAUGAUCCUACAGUCAGAAAUGUGUACGCGAACGCUGAACCUAUUUAUGGAAACACAAACUUGGAAAAUCAGGAAUACAAGCCAAUCGAGUUAGCAAAGCUACAUGAUUACGUCAUGAAUCGAAACAUGAGCUUAAAAAACGGAUUUGCGAAAGAAUUUGAGGACCUUGGCAAUAAGCCACUGUACCCUUGGACCGCUGCGAAAAACUCUAAGAAUAGAACGAAAAACAGAUACGCAAAUGUUAUUCCAUAUGAUAAUUCUCGUGUAGUGCUUGAUCUCUGGAAAAACAUUCCUGAGUCGGACUAUAUAAAUGCUUCGUAUAUAGAUGGAUAUACGACACCACAUGAGUUUAUUGCAUGCCAAGGUCCAAAUGUGGCGUCAGUCAAUGAUAUGUGGAGAAUGAUCUGGCAGGAAAAGUCUGCGAUUAUUGUGGUAGUUACCAACGUCUUUGAGGGAACCAAGAAAAAAUGUGAGAGGUAUUGGCCAGAAUUGAAUGAUGGUAAGAUAUAUGCAAAUAUUAGUGUAUCGAACGCUGAGGAGACCAACUAUGGGUAUUAUGUUGUUCGGAAUCUACAACUUCAGAAGGUUGGGACGGAUGAAGUGCAUAGUGUAGUUCAGUAUCAUUUCACUGAUUGGCCAGAUAAGAGUGUUCCCCGCACUGUUCCAGAUUUGAUGGACUUCAUAUACGCGUUCAGGAGAGCACAGCAAGAUUCACCAAGCAACAGUGGACCAGUCAUAGUACACUGCAGUGCUGGAGCUGGUAGAACUGGUACAGUUAUUGUAAUCGCUUCAAUGCUGGACAUGUCAAAGCAAGAAGGGAAGGUGGAUGUGUUUAAUUUUGUGCGAAGCAUGAGAGACAAACGCAUCCAAAUGGUGCAGACCGAGGAGCAAUACAGGUUUAUCUAUGCAGUUUUACUUGAAGAGUUGUUCUGUGGACAGACACAAAUUCCAGUAACUGAUUUAUACCAAAUAAUCCAUGAACAGCGACAAGUGCAUGGAACGCACUCCUCCGUCGAAUUCCAGCUAAAGACUUUAAACAGUAUAUAUUCUCACUCUACUGAUGAUGACCGUACAUCGCAUGCUAGACUUCCGGACAACAAAGUGAAAAAUCGUUCCAAUGAUGUCUUACCACUAAAUAGUGCUCGUCCUCUCUUGAUGACACCAUGCGCCAACGGAAAUGAUUACAUUAACGCUACAUUCUGUGACGUAAGUGACUUUUUUUUUAAUCUUAAUUCAUUACCUAACUACAUAUAUUUUAUUUAA